AUGAGCGGCUCGUUGGUGGAGACUCCACGCACCUUUGGGGACAUGAUGCGAAUGCCCGUGCGUUUCUACAAGACAAUUGGCGAGGACAUCUAUGCGCAUCGGUCCAGUAACCCGUUGAGAUCGCUGCUGCUCAAGAUCUACUUGUACGCGGGCUUCAUCAACUUCAAUUUGCUGGUCUGUGGCGAGUUGGUGUUCUUUUACAAAUCGAUUCAGGACUUCGAGACAGUGCGUCUGGCGAUUGCUGUAGCGCCCUGCAUUGGCUUUUCCUUGGUGGCGGACUGCAAGCAGUUGACCAUGGCGUUGUAUAAGAACACGCUGAUACGGCUGCUGGACGACCUGGAGGAGAUGCACCCGAAGACGCUGGUGGCACAGAGGGCCUACAAACUGGCAGACUUUGAGCACACCAUGAAACGCGUCAUAAGCAUAUUCACAUUCCUUUGCCUGGCGUACACGACCACCUUCACUUUGUAUCCGGCCAUCAAGGCGACGGUCAAGUAUAAUUUCCUCGGCUACGAGACAUUCGAUCGUAAUUUUGGCUUUCUCAUCUGGUUUCCCUACGAUGCGACAACUAAAAACUGGGUUUAUUGGAUUACCUAUUGGGAUAUUGCGCACGGAGCCUACUUGGCCGGCAUUGCCUUCCUCUGCGCGGAUCUUCUACUCGUCGUUGUCAUCACUCAAUUGUGCAUGCACUUCAGCUAUAUAGCCACGCGUCUUGAAGCGCAUCCUUGCAAUCCAGAUGAGGACGCAGAGAAUGUGCGCUUUUUGGCUACCAUGAUCAAAUAUCAUAAUAAAUGCUUGACGCUCUGCGAGCUCGUCGACAGCAUGUAUAGCUUCUCUUUGCUGCUUAACUUUCUGAUGGCCUCCAUGCAGAUCUGCUUCAUUGCGUUCCAGGUGACCGAGUCUACGAUUGAGGUAAUUCUGAUCUACUGCAUCUUCUUGAUGACAUCGAUGGUGCAGGUUUUCCUAGUGUGCUACUACGGCGAUGCUCUGAUAGCAGCAAGUCUGCGUGUGGGCGAUGCGGCCUACAAUCAGAACUGGUUUCAGUGCAGCAAAAGAUAUUGCAUAAUGCUCAAGAUGAUGAUUUUGCGCAGCCAGAAGCCAGCCAUGAUACGUCCACCCACAUUUCCGCCCAUUUCGCUGGUUACCUACAUGAAGGUGAUCAGCAUGUCGUAUCAGUUCUUUGCCCUGCUCAAAACUACCUAUUACAGGAACUAA